UUUUCACUUACUAUGCAGAUAAAAGUUAAUUAGUAUAAUUGCAUAUUAUAUUCUUUUUCAGCAUCAUAAAAUAUGGUGCGUAAUAGAAAUAAAGAGGAUAGGAAAAUUGGAAAGACUACCAGUACUAAAAUGAAAGAGGCCGUUCAGAAAGUUAUAGGAGAACAAAGGAGUAUUAGAAAUGUCUGCAAGUCAUAUGAUAUUCAUUUUUCAACCUUGCGUCGUUAUGUACAGAGAGCACGGGAACAUGGAAACAGAGAAUCUAUGUCAUAUUCACCAAAUUACAGCUGCCGUCAGGUUUUUACUGAAGAAGAAGAAAUACUUCUACAGGAAUAUCUUAUCAAAGCCUCUAAAAUGCACUAUGGGUUGACACGACAGCAAGUGCGUGAAUUAGCAUUUGAAUAUGCAAAUCGCAAUGAUAAAGUAUUUCCGGAGUCUUGGAGGCAGAACAGACGUGCUGGUGAAGAUUGGUUUGCUGGGUAUAUGAAAAGGUAUCCUAACCUGUCCUUACGUCGUCCAGAAGCAACCAGCUUAUCGCGUGCCACAAGUUUCAACAAGAAAAAUGUAAAAGACUUCUUUGAUAACCUGGAGAAAGUAAUGAAGGAACAUAAUUUCAGUCCAACUGACAUAUACAAUUCAGAUGAAACUGGGUGCACAACCGUUCAGAAAGUUGGAAACACUAAAGUAGUUGCUUGUACAAGUGAAAAACAAGUUGGCAAAAUCACUUCGGGAGAAAGAGGAACAUUAGUAACAAUGCUUGGCACAAUAAAUGCUGCUGGGAAUUCAGUACCGCCAUUCUUGGUAUUUCCUCGUGUGCAUUUCAAACAAUCCAUGCUAUAUGGAGCUCCGCCUGGAACUGUUGGUGUAGCAAAUCCAUCAGGAUGGAUGACCUCAGAGAACUUUACUGUAUAUAUGCAACACUUUAUUAAGGCAACCAAAUGCUCGAAAGAGCGUCCUGUUCUGUUGAUAUUAGAUAAUCAUGAAUCUCAUAUAUCAAUUGAAACAAUUGUCCUUGCCAAGGAUAAUGGUGUUACUAUGUUAACACUUCCGCCUCACUGUAGUCACAAAAUGCAGCCCCUAGACCGUUCUGUGUAUGGUCCUUUCAAGAGCCUCUACACCAAGGCAGCAAAUGAUUUUAUGAUAAGUCAUCCUGGCCAGCCAAUCACAAUUCAUAAUGUAAGUCAGAUUAUCGGCAAAGCUUACCCACUGGCAUUUACUCCAAGGAAUAUCAAUUCCGGAUUCAAAGUAUCUGGUAUCCAUCCUUUUGACGCCAACAUCUUCAGUGAUGAAGAUUUCAUGUGCUCAUACGUAACAGAUAGGCCAAUAACUGAAAACGUGAAAGACAUUGAAGGAACCAUCGUUGAUCAUGUUGUUUCAGCUUCCUCAUCAGUUAACCCUAAUGUGUCAACUUCCACAAAUGUUGAACCUGUUGCAUCAACAUCUACCAACACUGAUCUUGUUGCAUCAAUUUCGACAAACGUUGAUUUUGCUCCGUCAGCUUCCGCCAACGUUGAUCCUGUGACUUCUCCCCAUGCCAACACUCUAGCAGCAAAUUUAAUCAGUUCUGAUUCUGGUUCAAUGUCGUCUGAAAAUAGGAUAUCUAGAGAAAAAAUACAGGCAGUUGUUUUACCAGAAGAAAUAAGUCCCUUUCCAAAGGCGCCACCAAGGAAAGGUAGAGGAGGUCAAAAGAAAGGAAAAACUCUAAUUCUUACGGACACACCAAAAGAUAGUCAAGGUGAUUCAAGUUCAGAAGAGGAAGUUAACGAAAAAAACAUUUGUGACGAUGACGAUGAUUCCUUUGAAUAUGACGAAUCUGCUGAUUCUCUCGUCCCUGAGGAUUUUGUCAUAGGAUCCAUACCAACGAAAAAACAUGCGAAACCCGACGUGAACAGUGACAACAUUAAGGCAUCGUUUCAAGGAGAGGAUAACACCAAAUCUUCCUUACAAGGGGCAAUCACCAAUCCGUUGUUACAUCCAGGAAAUUGCAACGGAGGAAACCCUGAAAAUGAAACAAUAGAUGUGUACAAUGGAUCAAUUAGCGCAGAAGAUCAGACACAAAACAAUGAGGAUCGAGAAAAUAAAAAGUUAUUAAGUCUCCUUUCACUGCAAGAAUCGGACUCUGGUGCAACUCAUUUUAAACAGAAAGAAGAACGAACUCCUACGGAACAAGAUCACAGAGACUUGAAGCCUUUUGUGAAAAAAACAUCAACUUCACCAAAAGAAGACAAUCCUUCGAGCAAAGAUUAUGAACAAAAUACGGAUUAUUGGGAGAAUAUUCAGCAAGUUGACCAAGGAAACGACACCGCUGACACAGGCUCACAAGAACCCAGUGGUAAUAAUAGCAAUGCGAGGAAAUUAAACGGUAAUGCAGACAAAAGCGAUGGAAAUCUGAUCAAAGGCCUUCCCAAUAUACAAGCAAGUUCCUGUUAUAUCUCAUCAUUGAUUCAGGUCUUGGCACAGACACCUGGUUUCAUCGACAAACUUUUUACAACCAGACAGAACUGUCACGUGGCCGAGACUUUAAUCAAGCUGUUUGUGGAGAUUAAUGAUAUACAACAUGAUAGUUGCUAUAAAGAAGAGGAUUUAUAUAACCUUGUGUCCGAACUACAGAACUCGAUGUCUAAAAGAGAUGAAUGUUACCAAAGUGGAAACCAAAAUGACUGUCACUCUUUAUACCUCAGUUUGCUGAGUGCAUUGGACGAAGAGAUCGAAGGAUGUACAUCCUUGUUCGACGCGCAUGCGCGACAAAUAUUCAGGUAUUCGACGUGCGACCACGUUGAAGAAUGCCCGCCGGAGUGUACUAGAUCACUGCUUUUGACUGUUGAUGACAAAUAUUGUUCCGUUAAUGAGAGUAUCAAGCUUUUAGAUGAGACUGUGGCCUUUCACGACGCCCAAGUACCAUGUAGGACAUGUUUGAAAGAGGAGAAACACUAUGAAGACACUAUCACAUUUAAACACUUCAUCAUAGAAAGCCCAGCACAAAUACUUGUUCUACAGCUCUCCAGGUUUAAACAGGAUGUGUUUUCAACGGACGAACCACACGGAAGGCUGUACAAGUACGCGGGCAACGUUAUGUACCCUACAGAGCUAACCCUUUUAGUCAGCAAACAGGGACCGUCCGGCAGGGAAUGUGCACGUGUAUGGUACGAGUUAUAUGGAGUUAUCUGUCACGAGGGAGAUCUUGAUCAAGGACAUCAUUGGUGUUACGUAAAGAAGUACGGAUGGAACCCGGAUCAUCUGUACCUUUGGCACCUGUGUGCCGACUCCUAUGUCAGAAGACUAGAAAUUGAUGAAGAAUGGCCUAACUCACCAUUCGCUUAUCUAUUAUUCUACAAGCAAAUACAAUCAACUCAAAAAAACUAA